AUGCCACAAGCAUUAUCUCUGCUUUCUGCAUUUUUGUCACUGCAACAAUUGAUGCGUCGUCUGGAUUUUCCUUGUGCAUUCACAACUACUCGCCAACGAAUGAUGUUAACAUCAACAGCAUCAAAGACACAAGAACCACAUGCACUAGAAGAGUUGAUGCCCUUAGAGCAAGGACCUGGGACUCUAAUGGUGGUGAUUAAAUCAUCCGCAGCGAGAUGGAACUCACUGUCAGUCAGUGUACGUACACUGCCACCCUCACGCAAACCAUCACCGUUUCCUGCAUUUUUACCAGAGGAUGCUUCAAACUGUUUGUUGAUAAGUAUGCCACUACAUACAUCUUUGGUUUCUGCACUUUCGUCACUGCAACAACUGAUGCGUCGCAAGUUGCCACCAAUAAUGGAUUUACCUCUAGUAAGAGCUCUACCACAAUCAUCAUCAUAUUUUCCUGCAGUAUUGUCAACGUUAUUACCAGAGAAUGCUUCAACAACUGCGAUAAAUUAUGGUAUCAAGAUUAACAGGAUACCAAGAGAAACAUUACCGCUGUCAAUAGUAAUUACACCACCGCAACCAAGACCAUGUGGUGUAGAUGAAGAUAGUUUGGCGAUCUUAAAUCAUUCUGAAGAAAUUAGUCAUGAGUUACCAGAUUCAAGCCACAGCGAGAAAGUUGAAAUCACUGAUGUUGAUGAACCCUUGAAAACAUCUGAUAUUCAGGACACUUCAGCUUUCAAAUCAGGUAUGUAGUAUUUUUUGAAUUUACACAGAAACGCAGUAUAUUUGAACAGGUCGAACAAGGAGUUGGGUUGACAUAAUGACGAAAUCCUUGUUAGCCAAACUAUGCUUGGUGAAAAUUCUAGCCAGGUGCAUAUUUAUAUAUCCAGUUAGUAUAGUCUGGUUAUUUCAAAAAAGAGCGCCUGGUUAAAUCCUGUCAAACCCUGCUUAGACCUGAAAUAUAAUUUGAUGCGAAUGAAGCAAGUUUUAUCCACUUCGUUUCACGCGUUCGUACCCAAAAGACUGUUCCAAGUGUAGAACGUACUGUGCACGUUAGGCCGGGAUCAAACGAGGAUGAGAGUGCGAGUUAGGCAAUGACGCGACCUUGGUCAGCUGCUCUUAAUGUGUUCCCAACGUCAUCGCGUAUUGUAUUUAAGUUAAAACAUAAUUGGAACAUUCAUCAAAACUUUAUUUUGUUUUAAUCUAAAACUUGAAAUAUGUCCCCCGUGACAAUGCGCGAAUUGGCAACUCUCAUAAACUCCAAUCCUCGUUUGACCGGUUCUUUAGUCAUCCGCACAAACCUGGAUGGAUAACCUGCUUAGUCCUGGACUUGGAACAAUCCUGUAGGAUGAAUUGUUAUUGGUAAUGUAACUGUUGGUGUUAGCGACGUUUAUAAGUGACGUGUGUUGUUGUUGUGUUGCAAUGUUGUGUUGUGCCACCUGUUAUUAGUAACCAAAUCCCAAUCCGUUGGUAUUUGUGGAAAAAACCGGUCAAGCAUUGUCCAGUAGUCAAAACAAAACAUUCAGAAUUUGAAUGACUAUAAGAUCGUUUUCAAUUCUUUAUCCUAGGUUGUAGUGAAACAGAAAGCAACAUGUCGGGAAGCAAGAAAAUGAAAAAGCGAUCGAUUUGUGGACGAAUUCUUAUACUGUUUACUUGCUGCUUCCGCAAGCAAAGACAACGAAAGUGA